CAGCCCAGAUGGGAGGGAACCCACCGACUUUAAGAUCAGGCUGAAAAGUGAUAAUAAUAUUUGAAGAGCUGCAAGUGGCUGUGACGCCGAAAAACGAACCGAGAGGCAGGUCCAAUGAGCAUUUCCAGGACCUCCCUUCGCUGCCCCAAAAAACUCUGAUUGCAACUGCUCAAAUGUUUACACAUGACACAAAUGUAUAAAAUCAGCUGAGAGAGAAGCACAGUACAAGAGGCAGGUAGAAGAAGAGAAUGGAUCAUGCUUUUGUGGAAUACCGAAUUUUGCACUGAAGGGCACAGCGCGUCAUACCUGUGUAAUACCUUGGAUUAUUAAUAUUUAACACCUUGUUUUAUUAUCAUGAACACUGUACUACAACACUGUUAAAUUAGGAACACUAGCAUCCAUUUGAGAAGCCAACAAUGUUAUUGAUAAUCAAAACCCUCAUAAUUCUUUGGAAUAUUCUGUUGGUGUUAAUCCAUUUUAUCAGCAGUAUGGAAAGUGAAUUUUUUACGCCAGUCAGAAUGGAUCUGCACAAUUGGGAUCUUGAGAAUGUCAUACGCAGCACAGAAGAAGCAAACCUGCGUAAAGUUUUUAAAAUCAGCGCGUUUAAUCAGGAUUUCUAUCUGAAUUUGAUGCCCGAUUCCGAUUUCAUUGCACCUUCUUUUUCUUUGCAUAAUGUGGGUACCCCACAGAGAUCCACCUCUAAUCCCAGCCUCAGCCGCUGCUUUUAUUCUGGGGAUGUGAAUGCGGAUCCAAAUUCCUACGCCGCUUUCAGUCUUUGCAAAGGUUUACUGGGCGCUUUCGGCUACAACGGAUCGGAAUAUACAAUAAAGCCGUUUGAGAAUGAUACUGUGCCUCGAAAAGCAUCCAAUGUUCUGAGCUUACACACAAUUCAGCGCAGAAACGCACCUGUCCAAAAAGCAAACUAUACCUCCAGGUGCGGUGUAGGGUCAGGUUUGAAUCACGCCGUUUUAGAGGCUCUAGAAAACUACAGAAGCUUCCACAGAAACGGCAGUAAAUUACGGACGGAAAAAGGGCCGAGAAGCAUUGGCAGGCAUAAACGGUUUGCUUCUGUCCCCAGGUACGUAGAGACCCUCAUAGUAGCAGACGAAUCAAUGGUGAAAUUCCACGGUGACGACCUUAAACACUACCUCCUAACAUUAAUGUCAGUUGCAUCCCGACUUUACAAGCAUCCAAGCAUUUUGAACUCCAUUAAUAUAGUGGUGGUGAAGUUUAUGAUGAUAACCGAAGAAGACAAAGGACCAAAGAUUUCCAGUAACGCGGCAUUGACUUUGCGAAAUUUUUGCACCUGGCAAAAAAAGCUCAAUAAAGCAAAUGACAAGCAUCCAGAAUACUGGGAUACUGCUAUUCUUUUCACGAAGCAGGACUUGUGUGGGGCUACCACCUGUGACACUCUGGGCAUGGCAGAUGUGGGGACAAUGUGUGACUCAAAGAGAAGCUGCUCUGUAAUUGAAGAUGAUGGCCUUCCCUCUGCUUUCACUACAGCACAUGAAUUGGGUCAUGUCUUCAAUAUGCCCCAUGAUAAUGUGAAAGCCUGCGAGGAAGUAUUUGGCAAGUUAAAAGAUAAUCAUAUGAUGUCUCCCACACUUAUUCAAGUGGAUCGCUACAACCCAUGGUCAGCCUGCAGUGCCGCCAUCAUCACAGAUUUUCUAGACAAUGGCCACGGUGACUGUCUUCUAGAUCAGCCCGUCAAACCUCUUGUCAUUCCUGACACUCUCCCUGGUGCCAGCUAUAACUUAAACCGGCAGUGUGAGCUUGCAUUUGGACCCGGCUCCAAGCCUUGUCCCUACAUGCAGUCUUGUACCAAGCUGUGGUGCACAGGAAAGGCUCGUGGGCAGCUAGUAUGUCAGACAAGGCACUUCCCGUGGGCUGAUGGAACAAGCUGUGGAGAUGGAAAGUUCUGCCUUAGGGGGUUUUGUGUUGAGAAACACAAUGUAACAAAGUAUAAGGUGGAUGGUCGCUGGGGAAAGUGGGGCCCCUUUGGACCCUGCUCUCGAACAUGCGGUGGUGGUGUACAGCUGGCUAAAAGAGAGUGCAAUAACCCACAGCCGGCCAACGAAGGGAAAUAUUGCCAAGGUCUCCGAAUCAAAUACCGAUCGUGUAAUUUGGAUGCCUGCGCUGAAACAGGUAAAAGUUACAGAGAAGAACAAUGUGAAGCAUUUAAUGGGUACAAUCUUAAUACCAAUCGACUUACACCCUCUGUAGUCUGGGUACCAAAAUAUUCUGGAGUUUCACCCAAAGACAAAUGCAAGUUAAUCUGCAGAGCCAAUGGGACUGGUUACUUUUAUGUAUUGGCACCAAAGGUGGUGGAUGGGACACCUUGCACACCAGAUUCUUCAGCUGUGUGCGUUCAAGGAAGAUGCAUUAAAGCCGGAUGUGAUGGAAAACUGAGUUCAAACAAAAAGUUUGACAAAUGUGGUGUGUGUGGUGGAGACAGCAAAACUUGCAAGAAAGUUUCUGGAUUGUUCACAAAGCCUAUACAUGGUUACAACUUUGUUGUAAUGUUGCCAGCUGGAGCAUCAAGCAUUGAUGUCAGACAAAGAGGCUACAAAGGAAUGGUCAAUGAUGACAACUAUCUUGCUGUUAAAAACAGCCAAGGAAAAUAUUUGUUAAAUGGGAACUAUGUUGUCUCAGCAGUGGAGAGGGACAUCAUGGUGAAGGGAAGCUUGCUCCGUUACAGUGGAACCACCACCUCUGUAGAAAUGUUACAGGCUUUCAGGCCACUUCAAGAAUCUUUAACCAUUGAAGUCUUGUCAGUGGGGAAAAUGACACCCCCACGUAUUCGUUAUUCAUUUUAUUUACCAAAGGACAGCAAGGAGGAAAAGUUAUCAUUCAAAAAGGAUGGAAUGAACAGCUCCCUUAACAAAGAAAUGGUGGAUACUAACCGGGUAGAGGCCAAGAAACCGGAAUAUAAAAGACCUUUGUGUAAGUGGGUCACAGGUAGUUGGGAUGAUUGCUCUGUGACUUGUGGGAAUGGAUUGCAAAAGAGAACAGUGGAAUGUCGUGAUAACAAUGGCAUAUCAGCUACAGACUGUGACACGUCCCAGCGUCCGGUGGACCUUCGAAUAUGUGGAGAUCCAUGCCCAUUGUGGAACAUCGGGGAAUGGUCCCCUUGCUCUAAGACUUGUGGUAAAGGAUUUAAGAGACGUACUUUACGCUGCAUGACCCAGACAGGACUAUAUCUCCCAAGAGAGCAUUGCAAUAUCAAGAAAAAACCACAGGAGCUGGACUUUUGUACAUUGAGAUCAUGCUAGCAGGUUCUGCAAAUGGUGGGGGCUUUUUAUUUGAUAGUUGGGCUUCAUCAAAUACAUUUGAAAGAAAAUCUUAGUAUGCAGGCAGAAUUUCAUUUUUUUUUCUGGGGCAUCUGUCUGCAGAAGACAUAUAAUAGGAAACUUUAAAGCCGGGAGGAUAAAGAGAGUAAGAUGUAGGAGUUAAUGUCCAUUAAUUUCAAAUCAAAUAAAAUUGGAGUUUAACAUUCAGCACAUCUACCUCUGAUGUAAAAUUCAAAUAAUAUAAUUUGGAAACAAAUUAUUUUUAAGUAUUUUGCUUUUAAAAUGUUGAAGCUUUUGGAUAUCAACACAAAACCUCAACUCUUCAAAAGAAAGAAACGUGUAAGAAAUGCACAAACUCCUUAUAUUAGACUUUCUCCCUGAGUAUAAUUUAAAGCCCAGUAGCUGUAGAGGUUACAUAAUCAUUUUGACAAACACCAAUGUGUAUAGCCAUAAUCACCGAUCAAAGAAUGCAUACAACAUUCUGAACACAAAUAAUUCAGUUAUCAUGUUUUAAAUCUCAAUAUUUAGAUUACUCAGAAUGCUGAAUUCUUAGCAAAAUAUCCAGCUAACAGAGAAAAGCUUGUUUAUGUAAAUAUAUUGUGGAUUUUUCUCUGGUGCUCAUUUUAAAUACCUUGCUCUUCAAGUAGCAUGCAGCCAUUAACAGCAUACUAUUGAGCAGACAGACAUGUUCAUCAUUGAAUCAUUGAUGUUUUACUUUACAUGCUGUACUGUAGGUCAUUUCACAGUGAAAGCAUUGCUAUCCUUUUAAAUACCUCAAAUAUGAAAUUAUUGCAAAAACAGGUGAAAUGAAAUAGAUGUAAAUUAAAAAUAACUGUCUAAUGUUAAAAAAAAUGAAGGUUUAAGCUGUAACUAGAAAAAGCUCCUUAAGGAAUAUGACAUCAUUUCAUUCAUUCUGUGAACUGAUUUUUCUAGUACUGAGUGACACAGAGGUAAAUAUUGUACUGGCUUCAAAAGAUGCAUGCUAAGAAAUAAGCAUUGGUCUUUGGGCUGUAGGAGGAAAUCUAAGCACCCAAACUAAUCCUAAACAUACAGUGGAGAACAAAUAAGGGACAGGAUAACUAAAGAAAAAUUGGGGUGCCAGCUUGUCACCCCAUUUACUACCAGUGUCCAAAAGAAAGCUUCUCUAAAUUAUCUGCUCUCUUGAGCAGGUCUGGGUUGGAGAGCUCUGUCAUGCAGGACAUAGUUCCCCUGACUAGGAUGCCAUCUUCUAGGAGCCCUUGAAUUUAUAUUGUCCCGACCAGAAGAAGCAUGGUUUAGUUGACUUGGGGCAUGGUCCUCCUUGGUUGGCUUCCUGGAAGUACAGAGGGGAAAACAGAUGGCAUUAAUAGCAUUACUGCAUACUUUGUCUGAGCCUGGAAGGUGAUCCUCAGGCGCCCAUGCACGACAAUACACAGUAGAUGGUGUACACUCAAUAUGGAAGGCACAACUAAGUGAAUUUAAAACACUAGAAGACAAUAAUGCUAUGCGUUGCAAAUUUUACAUCAGAAACUUUAUAUAUUGUAAAUGUGCAUUCAAAAAGGCAAUCAGAAAAACUUUGAAUCACCAGCGGUAUAAAAGUUAUUAUGCAACUGGUUUUAGUACAAUUUAUCGCAAAUAAUUUUGAAACUUUGGCAGAUACAUUAGAAUAAUUGUAUAGCUGUAACUAAGAAAGAAGCUUUAUUCUGCCACCCAUUAAUCACAUGUGUACUUACUGGUCAAUUACUGUGUAACUACCGGCAUUGGUACAUGAAUACAAUAUACCUGCAGUAAAAUAUGAGUAUUAGUGUAACUACACACUUCUUAUUGCUUCAUUCAUACUCAGUUGCGUAGUUACAUGUAUAAUGUAAUUGUGAUUUACACAUAUUAUUUAAACAAAUACAGUUAUACAUUAAAACAUACAAAGAAAUAGACAAAUUUUAGUCCCACUUAACUUUACACACUUUUAAUGUUUACAAUAAAUAUCAUUUACAAUAAUUUGUUUUAUACUGAGUACUGUAAAAAAAAUCCAUAUUAAAUUAUCUGGCUGUCACUGAAUCAAUACCUGUUAACUUAAAUUAGGUAUUUACACUCCCUAUAAAACUGAUGAUUAAAGUAUACUGCUAAAGUCAGACUGGAAAUUCAUCUUUUAUUAAUAAUAUCAGAAGAAUUAUGUUGCGCUAAACCAAUAUUCCCAGAAAAUAUACUAAUUCAAGGAAUAGCUAAAAAACACAGAUUUGACAAAGCACAGAAGAAAAAUCUGAAAAGAA